ACUCUCGCCACCAAUGAGGACAAAGUGCGCCACUGUUUGUCUCAGCCAUCGGUGGCCACGCAAUUGGAUCAGUACUUAACCGUCACUUCCGCCGCCAAACACAAGAAGUAUUGGGAAAAAGCCAAAGAGUUUCGCGUCGACGGCAACGACCUCUUCAGAGGGAAGCGCUUCCAAGAGGCCAUCGAUGCGUACAAUCAGGCAAUAGUGUUGGCGUCGACACCCGACUCGAGUCACACCGCCGAAGCCAACAGCGAGUUAUCUCUUGGUUUCGCCAACAGGUCCGCCGUUUUCUAUCACUUAAGACAAUACGACAACUGUUUGUCCGAUAUCUGCGAUGCAUUCAAAUACGAGUAUCCGCUGAACGCCACGAAACUGUUGCUCCGAAAAGUGAAUUGUUUGGUCCAAAAGGGGUGUUUCGGUGACGCCGUAGAUGUCGUCCGAAGCCAACAGUUCGUCGAUCAGUCGCUGGACAAGCAGUCGGAGACUCAGAUGAAGGCACUGAUGGACACGAUUGAGUCGAAAGGUGCGAAGAAUCGGUCGAAUUGUAUCAAUAAUACGAUACCUAAGACUGAUCUCAAGUUUGUGGCCAAUGAGUUGAUGCCAAACGCGAGCCAAUCGCUGCAGUUAUGCGUGUCUUCGACCAAAGGACGGCAUAUUGUGGCCAAAGAUGACAUCAAUAUAUCGGAUGUGCUGUUUAUGGAGAGACCGUACGCUUCGGUGCUUUUACCGCAAUAUUACAGAAGUCAUUGUCAUCACUGUUACGGCAAACUAGUGGACACACCAGUGAUGCCUUGCCAUCAGUGCACUCAAGUCAUGUAUUGCAACGAUGAGUGUCGGUCCGAGGGAUGGCAGGAAUGCCAUCAAUACGAGUGCGGGUUUCUGGAUGUGUUGCACGACAUAGGAAUCGCUCACUUGGCCUUCAGAACUGUGUUGGUGUGUGGGGUCGGGAACGCCAUCCAAGUGGCCAAACAGUCAUCCACUUCUCAAUUGUCUGCCACCACUCCUUAUCUCAAUACCUAUGAGUCAGUCUACGCUCUGGUCGACCACUCGAACGACUUUCCCAUAGAAGACAGUGUUAGCUAUUCAUUGGUGGCAUCACUUCUCGUGCGGUUGACACAGAAGUUGUCAUUAGUUCCCAAAGAGCCGCAAAGCGUUGAUAUAUUGGGCGGAAUUGUAUUGAAACAUAUCCUCCAACUUAUAACGAAUGGUCACUCAAUCGCAUCCAUGGAAAACGUGGAGAACUCAUCGGAUCUGUGUUUUGAAGACAAACGCAUUGCGACCGCUAUCUACCCGACCGUCAGUCUUAUGAACCACUCGUGCGAUCCAAAUGUUAUCGCCAUUUACGACAAGAAGUUACUUAUAGUAAGAGCCGCCAGAGGUAUACCCAAAGGACACCAAGUGGUCAACUGUUAUGGCCCUCACUGUAAACGGAUGUCCACUAAAGACAGACGGACAGCACUUAUGGAUCAGUACUUCUUCGCGUGUGAUUGCAGUCCGUGUGUGAGUGGCGCUGAAGACAAGAGC